AUGUUGGAAAAUAAUGUAGACCCAGCGAAUGCGGAUAUUAUUUCCAAAUAUCUUAAUCCUAAGGCGUCUGAGAAUCCUGUCGAUAUAUCCGAUGACCCGGAUAUCAAGGAUUCUGAAAAUAGGGAUUAUUUUGGCUUUUACCAUCCCAAUGGUUUGACAAAAAAAGAGAGGAUUGUUGAAGAUAAAUAUCGUAAAAAUGAUAUUCGUCGUGUUGAUAAAUGGCUUAAAAUGAUUCAUAAGUGGGAAGAAGUCGAUUCCUUAUGGAAUCGUAUGUACAGGAAUGGUCGAGCCUCAGAGAAGCUAACCCGACGAAUUUUCAAAGGAAUUCCUGAUCGAUUUCGUGUGACUGUUUGGCCUCUCCUCCUUUGUGUAGCAGAUGCUAAGAAUAGAAAUAAGGAUAUUUAUACAAAAAUGCUAAAUCAAGCGCUUUCUUCAUCACGUUCCCUAAAUCAAAUUGAUUUAGACAUCAAUAGAACUUUUCGGAAUACAAUUUACUUUCGUGAUCGUUAUGGUCCACGACAAUGUGCAUUAUUUCGUGUUCUAGCCGCCUAUUCAGUUUACAACGCAGAUGUUGGUUACUGUCAGGGGAUGAGUGAAUUGGCUGGUUUAUUUCUUAUUUAUAUUGAAGAUGAAGAAGAUGCAUUUUGGGCAUUGAAUCAACUGAUGACCGGUUAUCGACAUAAUAUGCAUAGUGUAUAUGUUGCUGAUUUCCCCGGGCUCAAACGUUUAUUUGCUCAUCAUGAACGUAUUGUACGGAAAUUGCUGCCUAUCUUGGAUAAACAUUUCACUAAACAUGAUAUGUUAACUAGUACAUAUGCACUGAAAUGGUAUAUGCAGUGUUUUUUAGAUCGGUUACCUGUGACAUUGGUACUUCGAUUAUGGGAUAUAUACUUGUUAGAAGGUGAAAAGUUACUCUUAGCUAUGGCGUAUAAUAUACUGAAAAUGCAUAACAAAAGAUUAUUACGUAUGGAUCAAAUGCAGAUGACAUCGUUUUUUCAAGAUGAAUUAGCUAAAGAUUUCUUGUUCGAUGAUGACGAUGUUAUUGAUUCAUUGAAAGAUUGUUUAGAACUACUGCAUAAGAAUAAAUUGGAUACACCCCCACCAUUAACAUCUGAUAUGCUACCGAAACGACUUGGUGUUGUGUAUACACCUGAUCAAGUUUGGCGUAAUCGUAAUGAUACACUAACGGCGAAUAGUAAUACACCGACACUGACAAAACAGACUAUCACAGACUAUACUCCGCCUAUAAAACCUCCAUUGAAAGAUCAUUCAAGUUAUAAUGGCAAAUUACGCUCUCGAGUCUCUCCAUCUCAUUUGCCUAAAACAAUAUCAGUGAAUCCAAUAACCUCUUCAAGUCCAAUGAGUCUGUCAUCUGUCCUAUCGAAAUCAUCAAAUUAUUCGCCUACUUUAGCUACAUCAGCUUCAAUAAUAACUGCUGCUGCAAUGAAAACUGGUGGUGGUGGUCGACGUUACAAUAUAUCAACUAGUCAAUUCUCUCCAAAAUUUGCAAAUAAUAAUCCCAGUUACAUAUAUGUUAGUAAUCAAAAUAUGAGAAUGAAUCAAGUUCUUCCGUCGAAAUCGGAAAUCCCCUAUUCACCAACAUAUAGCAGUAGUAGUAGUGGUGUACUUAGUAGUGUUGGUGGUGGCGGUUAUGCACCAUCAGCUGAAAAUCGAUUAAGAAAUGCAUCGAAUAUUCACAGUCCAUCACAGACAAUAACAACACCAACAGCAGCAGCAACAACAAGAAGAAGAGGUCAGUCUUAUCGAAGUUCACAAGAUGAAAGUUAUGCGACUACAAGUGGUCGUCAUUAUCGUACACCGAUGAAAUUGCCCACUUCCAAUUCGAAUGAUUAUAAAAUCAUACGUCGAUAUGAAUUAAAUAAUGAUAAUGUUAUGCUGGUAUCUGUUACACCAAGAAAGCCUACGGGGGAAGAGGAGGCGGAGGAGAAUUCAUCCGUAGUCCCUGUAAUGUAUAAGUCGUAUCAUCCAUCGAAUACAUCAAGAUUUACACGGAAUAAAGAAAUCAGUAUACAUCGUCAAAGUGCUGCAUAUGAUGACAAGGUAACAAGAAGACCUGAUUUGCCUAGCACCUUAAUAACAAAAACGACAGCAACACCAACUCCAGAGAUGGCAAAAUCACGUCUAGGUCGAUGGACAAGUGAACAAGUUGUAUCAUACAAUACAGCCAAUCGUCCUGCUUCAACUACCAGUUCUGAAAUCAGUAUUGAACAACAACCUUGGCAAAAACGUGAAGCUUCCCCAUCAAAAUAUGAUCAUCAAUCGAAUACUGUAACAAAAUCACCAAUCCUUAUACCAUCACGGACAUCUACUAUAAAAAAUACCUCUUCUUAUGAUGCUGGUAUCAAUAAACUCAAUGAUGAGAAAACAGCUCAACAACAACCACCACUACCACCGACAACAGAAAUUUGGAUUGUUGGCAAUACCUCUGUUGUUGCCGCCAAUCAUAAUAUGAAUCAGCCGAAUCAACGGAUGAAUACAGCAAUCUAUUCACCAGUCAGUCCAGAUUCAUCCACUGGUUCUCAAGACACUAAAUAUUCUAAUGCUGCAUUCACUUCUUCGUCAUCAUUGUCGCCAAAUUCUAAAAGAGUUCAAAUUAUCCGUGUAACAGACGAUUUAGACAAUACGAAAAAGAAUAAUAAUAAUAACAGCAACAGUAGAAGAGAUCCAAGUGGUUAUCGUUCUGGUAUGACUAUGAAGAAACCUUAUUAUGAAUCUAUGCAACCUGUAAAUGAUUAUGUUCGUCGGAUACCGUCUACACCGAGAUCGAAUAUUAUCAUGAAGCCAACAGAAAUACUAAUGCCAGAACCGAAACCAGUCUCAAAAUCUGUCAGUAAAAAAUUGGUAACAAUUCAGUCGUCAAAUUGAAAUCUAUGUUUAUAUAUAAAAGCACAUUUUACAAGGAAUCACCGAAUGAUACUAUUCUCUCCCUCGCCCCUCACCCGUCUUCUGUUAUUCGACAUACAUUCACGCUACAAUUUCUUCACCUUUUUGAGAUUUUGACUCACUCAUGAACCGAAAGCUGCUUAGACGUAUAUAUAAAUGUAUACAACAUAGUGAAAUAUUUGCUCAUUUACUAUUAUUACUACUUAUUUAUUUAUUAUAAGCGUAUUGUGAUUUCUUACAUUUUAUAAAAUGGCUUUUUGUUCCACUCUACUCCCCUCCUCCCACUCCUACUUACUACCACCAAGAACAGAGAAGACGAGAGACUAGAGAUGCGCUUGAAACAAAUAUGCACUGGAAACGCAUUAUAUCAUAUACAAAUAUCUUUAUUCUUGUGAUAUUUAUUCGUACGACUGUCGACCCCCCGCCGUGUAUUUUGAACAAGUCUCAAGUUCCCUCACUCCUGUUUUGUUUUCUGUUGGUUAUUCUUGUUAUCCGUGGAUCGUUUAUCUAGCCAGCUGUACGCAAUCAAUCAUAAAAUUAUUAUUAUUGUAAUUUUAGUUAAACCUUCAUUUAUUUUUGAUUAUGUGAUUAUCUUUAUAUAUAUUUACAGUUAUUUACUAUGGGGAAAUCCUUUUCCCUUCCUAUUUGUUAUCUUGCCGUUACUACUACCUUCUAUUUUCUACUAAUUAGCAUUCCUGAUCAGUGGAUACGUACACAGAUAGAUAGAUAGAUAAAUAGAUUAGACGUUGAAUGUUUUUCCCCCUUGUUUCGUGUCUUGAUCUUGUCAAGUCUAUGGUCCACAUUUGUAUUCCCGUAUAGACAUCUUUUUUUUGUUUCUCCUUUUUCGCAUACUUAGAAGAGAUAGUCGAAUUUCUGUGGAGUGAAAAUCAGAAUUAUUGUUCCCUCUCCCCCCCCACACCGCCCGAAUGAUGCAUUAUCUCUCAUCUAAUUCUACCUGUAGUAGUGGUGUUUUGUUUAACAGUGUUCAGUUAUGUAUGUAUGUAUUUAUUGAUCUCUUGAGAUGUACUAUAUAUAUAUAUAUAUAUAUAUAUAUAUAUUUAUAUAUGUGUUGUUUCUAUGGAAGGUCCUUUCACGAGCGCUUGUUCCUCCCCCUCCUCAUCAUCUUCCGUCUUGUCCUCAAUGGAUUUUGUCUUCUGUUUUGUAAACUUUCGUUGUCUAUAUAUAUAUAUAUAUAUAUAUAUAUAUAUACACUACCGUAUGACUUCUGUAUACAUUAUUUUUUCGUUAAUGUUAUUGGUGUGUUAUCCUUUAUCAUUUUUCUGAUACUCCAGAGUUAGUUAAGCGAGCGAGUGAGCGCGCGCGAGAGAGAAUAAGUAUCCAAUAGCACCUACUUUUGUUCCUCUUUGUCAGGUACACUUUCAUCAUUGAGGCAUAGUUAGUUAGUUAGUUCAGUUAAUGGUCAUCAUGUUGUACUGAUUUUUGUUAUCAUUGUAAUCUUCGCCAAUGUCUUUGUCAGAUCUCCAGCCUCUCUCUCUCUCUUCGUCGACCUCCUCUUCUAGUUCCCCUUUUGUACAAGCUUGGUUGUUUAGUACAUUUUUCCUACUGUCUUAUGUUGUGUUGAAUGGACACACAAGCACACAUACAAACAUUUGGUCGUUUUUCCCAUUCGCAUUUGUUACUGCUUUAUUUACAAGAAGAAAGAAGAUAAAUAAGGAUGAUUGAAAAAUUCUAUCCAGUUGUAUCAUAACAAUGAGUAGUGUUCUCUUCAGUUUUGUUCCUUCCCUCUCUCUCGCGCGCGUUUGCUCUGUCUCUGUCUCUGUGAGUGUUUGUGUGUGUGGGUGUGUGCGUGUCGUGAAAUUUAAUUUUCCCUCUUUCCCUUUGUGUUAACUUUAGGACUUUGUUUAUCAAAUCGUUCAGUCAGUGAGUCAAUCAACCAUUCAUUAUAUUCAUUCAUUAUUAUUACUUGAAGUGAAAAAGUGUAUGUGUGGCAUUUGUUUAUGAAUAAGUACUAUAUUAUUAUUGUUGUUAUUAUUACUAAUAAUAAGUAUUCCUCUUCCUCGUGUUAAUCUUCUCAUUGAUAUGGUGGACAUUAACGUCCUCUGUGCUCUCUCUCUCUCCCUCUUGUCCUCUGUCUCCUUCAAUCAUUCAUUGUAAUGUUAUAAUCUUCCUUCCAUAUCUUAUUAUUAUUAGUAGUGGUAUUAUUAUGUAUAUGUGAGUGGAGUGAGUAGUGACUGAUAAAACAGGCUGUAUGCAAUGGUCACGUCUUUUAUAUUACUACUAUGACUAUUAUGACUACUAUUACUAUUAUGUCGUAAUCUAAUUAAUCUCUUUGUAAUGAUAUGAAAGCGUGUAAAAUCAGAUGAAUUUGAUUUAUUUUUUACAUAAAAUAUCUAUCAAUUAUUAUUAUUA